GUCGGAGAAGCAAGAAAGCAUAGUCCACGAAGAAGGGCCUGAACUCAGAAGAAAAUCGAGAUCUGCUGGGGAUUUUUCUUUUUUUUUUUGGUCUUGGUUGUGCGAGGGAGGAAGAAAAAGUUGUGAGGCCCGGUCGAAAGUGAGGCAGCGCGAAGGCCCCCUCAGGCGGCGCCGAGGGCAGCCCCGGCAGCCGGGGCCUGGUGCAGCCGCCGCGGCCGCUGUCAGGGAAGCGCAGGCGGCCAAUGGAACCCGGGAGCCGCCGCUGCUGCUGAGGCGGCGGUGUCGGCAGCCCGACCCCGACCGCCCGCACCCCCUCCGCCGGGGUCCCCCGGAGGAGCAGCUUCACUCCUUGGAAGCACCCCCAAAGAGAAGUCAUAUUUCCCCUAGUUUCCCUGCUUCCUUCUCAGCGCUGGGUCCACACUGCACAAGAACAUGUUUGUUGAAUGCCAUCUAAAGCAGCAAAUUGAGAUUCUUUGAUUUGGGGAAGAAGUUUGAGAGGGACCUCUCAGUAACUGGCAUGAGACAAGAGAGGGCCUAGUUCAAGUGCAUUUGGAGCUUGCAGCAGGAGGGAACAAUUCAGAGAGAGCUGCCACAGCACCUGAGAAAGGGAGAAUGAUGUCAUGAAGUCAGACGAACAGAGAAAUGGCACAGUUCAGCAGGGAUGAUGGUUGUUUUAGAGCUUUUUCUUCUCAGUGAAGCCUGCCUGGAAGCUCGAAGUCUGGCUGUGGCCAUGGGGGACACGGUAGUGGAGCCUGCCCCGCUGAAGCCAACUUCUGAGCCCACUCCUGGCCCAUCAGGGAACAAUGGGGGCUCCUUGCUAAGUGUCAUCACGGAGGGGGUCGGGGAACUAUCAGUGAUUGACCCUGAGGUGGCCCAGAAGGCCUGCCAGGAGGUGCUGGAGAAAGUCAAGCUUUUGCAUGGAGGCGUGGCCAUCUCUAGCAGAGGCACCCCACUGGAGUUGGUCAAUGGGGAUGGUGUGGACAGUGAGAUCCGUUGCCUGGACGAUCCACCCUCUCAAAUAAGGGAGGAGGAAGAUGAGAUGGGGGCCACAGUGGCCUCGGGCACAGCCAAGGGAGCAAGAAGGCGGCGGCAGAACAACUCAGCCAAACAGUCUUGGCUGCUGAGGCUGUUUGAGUCGAAACUAUUUGACAUCUCCAUGGCCAUUUCAUACCUGUAUAACUCCAAGGAGCCUGGAGUGCAAGCGUACAUCGGCAACCGGCUCUUCUGCUUUCGUAAUGAGGACGUGGACUUCUAUUUGCCCCAGUUGCUUAACAUGUACAUUCACAUGGAUGAGGACGUGGGUGAUGCCAUCAAGCCCUACAUCGUCCACCGUUGCCGCCAGAGCAUUAACUUUUCUCUCCAGUGUGCCCUGUUGCUGGGGGCCUACUCUUCAGACAUGCACAUUUCCACUCAACGACACUCCCGCGGGACCAAGCUCCGGAAGCUAAUCCUCUCAGAUGAGCUGAAGCCAGCUCACCGAAAGAGGGAGCUGCCCUCCUUGAGCCCAGCCCCUGACACAGGGCUGUCUCCCUCUAAAAGGACUCACCAGCGCUCUAAGUCAGAUGCCACCGCCAGCAUAAGUCUCAGCAGCAACCUGAAACGAACAGCCAGCAAUCCUAAAGUGGAGAAUGAGGAUGAGGAGCUCUCCUCCAGCACCGAGAGUAUUGAUAUUUCAUUCAGUUCCCCCGUCAGACUGGCUCCCGAGCGAGAAUUCAUCAAGUCCCUGAUGGCGAUUGGCAAGCGGCUGGCCACGCUCCCCACCAAGGAACAGAAAACACAGCGGCUGAUCUCAGAGCUCUCCCUGCUGAACCAUAAGCUCCCUGCCCGAGUCUGGCUGCCCACUGCUGCCUUUGACCACCACGUGGUCCGCGUGCCCCACACCCAGGCUGUUGUCCUCAACUCUAAGGACAAGGCUCCCUACCUGAUCUAUGUGGAAGUCCUCGAAUGUGAAAACUUCGACACCACCAACGUCCCCGCCCGGAUCCCGGAGAACCGAAUUCGUAGCACCCGGUCUGUAGAGAACCUGCCCGAAUGCGGCAUCACCCACGAGCAGCGGGCAGGCAGCUUCAGCACUGUGCCCAACUAUGACAACGAUGAUGAGGCCUGGUCAGUGGAUGACAUAGGCGAGCUGCAGGUGGAGCUCCCUGAAGUGCACACCAACAGCUGUGACAACAUCUCCCAGUUCUCCGUGGACAGCAUCACCAGCCAGGAGAGCAAGGAGCCUGUGUUCAUUGCAGCAGGCGACAUCCGACGGCGCCUUUCGGAGCAGCUGGCUCACACCCCCACAGCCUUCAAACGAGACCCAGAAGACCCUUCUGCAGUUGCUCUCAAAGAGCCCUGGCAGGAGAAAGUGCGGCGCAUUAGAGAGGGCUCCCCCUAUGGCCAUCUCCCCAAUUGGCGGCUCCUGUCAGUCAUUGUCAAGUGUGGGGAUGACCUUCGGCAGGAGCUGCUGGCCUUCCAGGUGUUGAAGCAACUGCAGUCCAUUUGGGAACAGGAGCGAGUCCCCCUGUGGAUCAAGCCAUACAAGAUUCUUGUGAUUUCGGCCGACAGUGGCAUGAUUGAACCAGUGGUCAAUGCUGUGUCUAUCCACCAGGUGAAGAAACAGUCACAGCUCUCCUUGCUCGAUUACUUCCUGCAGGAGCAUGGCAGUUACACUACUGAGGCAUUCCUCAGUGCCCAGCGCAAUUUUGUGCAGAGUUGUGCUGGCUACUGCUUGGUCUGCUACCUGCUGCAAGUCAAGGACAGACACAAUGGGAAUAUCCUGUUGGACGCAGAAGGCCACAUCAUCCACAUCGACUUUGGCUUCAUCCUGUCCAGCUCACCCCGAAACCUGGGCUUUGAGACAUCAGCCUUUAAGCUGACCACAGAGUUUGUAGACGUGAUGGGCGGCCUGGAUGGCGACAUGUUCAACUACUACAAGAUGCUGAUGCUGCAGGGGCUGAUUGCUGCUCGGAAACACAUGGAUAAGGUGGUGCAGAUCGUGGAGAUCAUGCAGCAAGGUUCUCAGCUUCCUUGCUUCCAUGGCUCCAGUACCAUUCGCAACCUCAAGGAGAGGUUCCACAUGAGCAUGACUGAGGAGCAGCUCCAGCUGCUCGUGGAGCAGAUGGUGGACGGCAGCAUGCGGUCUAUCACCACCAAACUCUACGAUGGCUUCCAGUACCUCACCAACGGCAUCAUGUGACAUCCUCCUUCUCAGGCCCCGGAGCAGCGGGGGAUUCAGGGGACCCUCCCUGGGAAGGCCCUUGUCAGAGAAACCCUAAACCAGGAAGCCCCACCCACCCAGCCAUCCACCAAGGGAAAUGGAAGGCAAGAAAUACAGAGGAUCAUGUGGUAACUGUAGAGCUUGCCGGGGGGUUGGGAGAACCAGCCGUGGGGUCCAGACUUGCUGGGGCUUCCCUGCCACCCCCCACCAGUUGUGUCAGUAUUACCACCUGACAGACUCCAGGGCUCACUGCUCUCCAGAGAACAGAAGUGAUAAAUGUGAGGGACACUGGGGCCUUUCUUCUCCUCACUAGGGUUCGAGAGGUUCUUUCCGCAGGCCAUCCUCUUAAUGUGUCCUGGGUCCCAGGAAGGAGAAAAGAGUAGGUUCUUGGUACUAAGGACUUGAUCCUGUGGUUGGCCUUUGGCCAUGCUGCUGCCCAACUCUGUCACCUCCCAGGGACUGACCCCUAGCCCGAGUUCCCCUUGGUAGGUGGGCUUUGGCAUAGGGUCCUGCACUUGCUGAGGUUCCCCAUCCCAGGAGUGAGGAAGGGAAGAAUCACAGCCCCUCCAGUCUGAGGGUAUUGGCCUAGCUGUGGGGAAUUCCUUGCCCUUAUCCUUUCCCCACACCCAGGGAAAUAGCUCUCAAUUUUUUAUUUUUAAUUUUUGUUUGAAAUAAAGUCCUUAGUUAGCCA